AUGGAGCACAGGAAACAGGGUGGAGGGAAGCGAACGAUUGGGAGAGAAGCGACAGAAGCAUGGUGCCCGCUCGCAGAAGCCGGAAGUAGAUCGGUCAGGGUGGGAGCAGGAGCACAUGACGGGCAGCGAGUUGGACAUACUGUGCAGCAUCUGAGACGGCGAAGUGCGAGGAACGGGCUGAGGAUGAAAUCUGCUGGUCCGGUGGAGGCAUCGCGGAUGCAGGACCCCGGGCAGACACCGACGAGCAAGGCAGGCGUGACAGCAAUCCAGACCGCCAGACAGAGCCUAUCGAAGCAGAUGAAUCUGUCGAGCCAUGCCGUGGCCGGUCUGCUGGCUGGGUUUGUUAGCAGCGUGAUGACCCAUCCACUUGACGUUGUCAAGACAAGAUUCCAGGUGCAAGACGGAGUCAUGAGCUCCGUGCCCAAGUACAAGAGCACCUUCCAUGCACUUGUGACCAUCGUCAGGACAGAGGGCGUGACAACCUUGUAUGCUGGACUGACCCCCAACCUGCUGGGGUCGACUAUCGCGUGGGGCUGCUACUUCUACAGCUACAACUACCUCCGAGGGCUUGCAAGAGCAGACGGUCGGCUGCUCGACUCGCGCGGUCAGUUGGGUCCGCUGGUGAACAUGGCAUGCGCUGCAUGCGCGGGGAUCGGGACUUGUCUCGCCACCAACCCCAUCUGGCUUGUCAAGACGAGACUCCAGCUGCAGUCGGGGGCCGUCAACAAGGCCGGGGCCGCUCCAGGAGCGCAGCAGGCGAUCAGAUACCGAGGGAUGAUCGACGGAUUUCGUCAAGUUAUCAAGAGCGAUGGGUUUUUUGGACUCUACCGCGGACUCGUCCCUUCCUUGUUCCUUGUCUCUCAUGGAGCAAUUCAGUUCAUGGCGUACGAGGAGCUCAAGAAACUUUUCCGCCACUACUGGGAGAAGGGAGACGAUCACCUGCACACGUGGCAGACUCUCUUGACCAGCUCCCUGUCCAAGGUCUUCGCCUCUGCCGUCACCUACCCCAACCAAGUUGUGCGAUCUCGCCUGCAGCAGGUAGACCCGAACCUCUCGCUCGGGAGCUCCAAUCAGGGGGAGGGAAGGUACUACAAGGGAACCGUCGACGUCAUCGUCAAGACUCUGAGGAGGGAGGGGGUGAGCCAACGCUAG